GGAUUGAAAAGGGUGAAUGUAUGAAGACUCUCCAACAUGGAUCUAUGAAUUGGUGGACUGAAAAACAAUAUAUGUGGAAGCAGAUAUAUGAAUGUAAAGGAGACUAUAAUGUUAAUGUGAGAAAGAUUGGUGUUGAUGUUAAACAAAUCAAGCGUGGCGCAGUCGUAAUUAAUGAUUGGGACGUUGGUCGUGAACUUGUUCACGAUCAUCACAUGACGCC